GCCCCGCCCCGCGCGCGCCGCCGACGCCGCCGUGUCCCCGCGCCUCCAAGAUGCCCGGGCAGCGGCGGGGAGGCUCCCGCGGCCCGCCGGUUCCCAACCACCUUCCCUGGUUUUUCAUGCUGAAUCAGGAUCGUGUUAACUAAAGAUGGAAACACUGGAGUCAGAAUUGACCUGCCCAAUCUGCCUGGAGUUAUUUGAGGACCCCCUCCUGCUGCCCUGUGCCCACAGCCUCUGCUUCAGCUGUGCCCACCGCAUCCUGGUGUCCAGCUGCUCCUCCAGCGAGUCCAUUGAGCCCAUCACCGCCUUCCAGUGCCCCACCUGCCGCUAUGUCAUUUCCCUCAACCACCGGGGCCUGGAGGGCCUCAAGAGAAAUGUGACCCUGCAGAACAUCAUCGACCGCUUCCAGAAGGCCUCCCUGAGCGGCCCCAACUCCCCCAGCGAGAGCCGCCGCGAGAGGACCUACCGCAACAGCCCUACCAUGUCCGUGGCCAGCGAGAGGAUCUCCUGCCAGUUCUGCGAGCAGGAUCCGCCCCGGGACGCUGUCAAGACCUGCAUCACCUGCGAGGUGUCCUACUGUGACCGCUGCCUGCGGGCCACCCACCCCAACAAGAAGCCCUUCACCAGCCACCGGCUGGUGGAACCGGUGCCCGACGCGCACUUCCGUGGACUCACGUGCCUGGAGCACGAGAACGAGAAGGUGAACAUGUACUGUGUCGCUGAUGACCAGCUCAUCUGUGCCUUAUGUAAACUGGUGGGCCGCCACCGGGACCACCAAGUGGCAUCGCUCAGCGAUCGCUUCGAGAAGCUGAAGCAAACCCUGGAGACGAAUCUCACCAACCUGGUUAAACGCAACAGCGAACUGGAAAACCAGAUGGCCAAGCUGAUACAGAUCUGCCAGCAAGUGGAGGUGAACACAGCCAUGCACGAGGCCAAGCUGAUGGAGGAGUGUGAUGAGCUGAUGGAGAUCAUCCGCCAGCGCAAGCAGGUCAUCGCUGUCAAGAUCAAGGAGACAAAGGUGAUGAAGCUGCGGAAGCUGGCUCAGCAGGUUGCCAACUGCCGGCAGUGCCUUGAGCGCUCCACGGUCCUCAUCAACCAGGCUGAGCACAUCCUGAAGGAGAACGACCACGCACGGUUCCUGCAGACUGCCAGGAACGUGGCUGAGAGGGUCGCCAUGGCAACUGCAUCCUCGCAAGUUCUGAUACCAGAUAUCAAUUUUAAUGAUGCCUUUGAAAACUUUGCUUUAGAUUUUUCCAGAGAGAAGAAGCUGCUGGAGGGGCUGGAUUAUCUAACGGCACCGAACCCGCCGUCGAUCCGCGAGGAGCUCUGCACGGCCUCGCACGACACCAUCACCGUGCACUGGAUCUCAGAGGAUGAGUUCAGCGUCAGCUCCUACGAGCUCCAGUACACCAUCUUCACCGGCCAGGCCAACUUCAUCAGUCUUUACAACUCCAUGGACAGCUGGAUGAUCGUCCCGAACAUCAAGCAGAACCACUACACGGUGCACGGGCUCCAGAGCGGCACCCGCUACAUCUUCCUGGUGAAGGCCAUCAACCAGGCGGGCAGCCGGAACAGCGAGCCCGCCCGCCUCAAGACCAACAGUCAGCCAUUCAAGCUGGACCCCAAGAUGGCUCACAAGAAGCUGAAGAUCUCCAACGAUGGGCUGCAGAUGGAGAAGGAUGAGAGCUCCUUGAAGAAGAGCCACACGCCAGAGAGGUUCAGUGGGACGGGCUGCUAUGGGGCAGCUGGCAACGUCUUCAUCGACAGCGGCUGCCACUACUGGGAGGUCGUGGUGGGAUCCUCCACCUGGUACGCCAUCGGCGUGGCUUACAAGUCAGCCCCCAAAAAUGAGUGGAUCGGGAAGAACUCCUCUUCCUGGGUUUUCUCCCGCUGCAACAACAACUUUGUGGUGCGGCACAACAACAAGGAGAUGCUGGUGGAGGUGCACCCGCAGAUGAAGCGCCUCGGCGUCCUCCUGGACUAUGACAACAACGCGCUCUCCUUCUAUGACCCAGCCAACUCCCUCCACCUCCACACCUUCGAAGUCUCCUUCAUCCUGCCAGUGUGUCCCACCUUCACCAUCUGGAACAAAUCCCUGAUGAUCCUCUCGGGGCUGCCUGCCCCGGAUUUCAUUGAUUACCCCGAGCAGCAGGAGUGUAACUGCCGGCCCCAGGAGUCCCCAUACGUGUCAGGAAUGAAAGCCUGUCACUAGGCUGCCCAGGCCUGCCCGUGCCCCGCGGCGGCACUGGCCGUGCCGGUGGGUGCCGGUGGUCGGAGCUGCCGGCUGGGAGCCCCCUGGCAGCCGUGCUGGAGAGCCGCCGUGCCACCCCAGCAACCGAGCGCCAUCCACAACCAGCUCCGUCUUGUUUUAAGGGAAAAGUGGAAGAACCUCGAACCGCAGCUGGAAAUAAACUGCUGGUGGUGAGCUCCAGAGUGCAUGAGAGCAGCUGGAGCAGCACCUUGACGGUGGCUCCCAUCCA